AGGGGGAGAGAUGAGCGUUAAAAAAGCGGCGCUGAUUAGCCAAUCCAAACUCACAUGAAUGAAAGCCCACUUGUGAUUCGCCCUAAGUAGGCCAAAGCUCUGGCGACUCAAAGAGAAUGGACCUUGAGUUAUACUACUACUUCUGACUGGCCUUGAACUCCCCACAUAGCCCAGGCUACCCUUGACCUUGUGGCAAUCCUCCUGCUUCAGCCUCCUGAGUGCUGGGAUUAUACACGCAUGCCACCAUACCUGGCCCAAAACCUGAAUCACUUGUCCCUUGACUCCUUCCCAUUUCCACAGGAAUCUCCAUAGACAACAUCGGCUGGUUUGAUGUCCCCUUACACUCUCCUUGUAUCUUAUGCCUCCUCUGUGGGUUCAUUUUCCUUCUUGCUGAAGCACAUCUCCGAAGAGCUCUUUGAAAGGGAUAUUGAGAAGAUGGGCAUUUUCUUUCUUUGGUGAAUAAGAACUCUGAGAAUGCAGUGAAAAUUCCUGUCUUGGGAUCGCCUGGAUGGCUGGCACGGUGCUGGGAGUGGGCGCCGGCGUGUUCAUCCUGGCCCUGCUGUGGGUGUUGGUGCUGCUGCUGUGUGUGCUGCUCUCCAGGGCCUCCGGGGUAGCUAGGCUCUCUGUGGUUUUUGUAUUCCUCGCUGCGGUGAUUGUCACGGCAGUUUUGUUACUCUUCCCCCGAGCCAGCGAAUUUCCAGACCUGGCAGUGGAGAUGAAGAUCGUGGACGCCUUUUUCAUUGGGCGCUAUGUCCUGCUGGCUUUCCUGGGCACUGUCUUCCUUGCAAGCCUCUUCUUGGUUCUGACGCAUCAUGUCCUGGAGCCCAUCUAUGCCAAACCACUGCGGUCCUGCUGAGCGCUGUUUGGGAAAUGGAGUCCCGUGGCCUCCCGGCCUCCGUGUGGAUGCAUCAGUGCACAGAAAGCCACUCUUCAAGCCCUGUUUUUACAGCCUUUGUGCCUGAAGAGUAAGGAACUGUCCAUGCUCACCAAGAUAACUGUCCUGAGCCUUGGACUCUACAAACAGGGUUGCAACAUGGUCUGGGGGACACAGUCACACCCACUGGAAAGGAAUAUUGUCAUCUUGCUCUCUGUGCUUUAGGAAUUUCACAUUUGGAAAGAGAAACAAUAAUUAUCUGCUUAGAGCAGAUUUUCAGUGGUUAUUAGUAAGUAGAUUUUGGAGUAUUUUGGCUUCUGCUGUCCAGUAGAAGAAUCUUUUUAAUAACACAGUAUGUAAAUUUUUGUAACUUUUGUUUUUGUACUGAGGAAUAAACACAAGCCCUUCACAGUGAGCUCCAGCUCCAACGCUGGUUUUAUUUUUCGAGUUUAUUUUUGGGCUUGCUAAAUUGCCCAGGUGGGACUUGAACUUGCCAUCCUCCUGCCUCAGCCUCCCAAGUACUCGGACUAUAGGUGUGUGUGAGAUGCCUAAUUAUGAGGUUAGACUCACAAAGGAAAGAUUCUCAACUUUUCCCUACUUUAUAAUAGGGCCUUUAAUAAAUAGGUUGUAGUAAAAAUUAAAUAAACUUCAAAGAAAUGAGCAUA